UACCUGUGUGUAGGUAGGUAGGGCCUAUUCUUUACCUGGCAGUCGUCUGUCAUAUACGUGUACAGUAUUGGUAUAUUGUACCUGUUAAUUGUGAUAGAACAGGUAGAAAAUUUUCAGGUAUGUAACGACUCCGGACAAUAUUUAUAAGGUGUUUCACUGGAAGGUGAAGUGUGGAGUACUGCAGUGCCAUUAUUGUAUUAUGUUAAUGUGUACAGCCCACCCCUACGGCUAGUGGAAGAUUACGUUACAUAUAUACCAUACUCACACUAAUAUAUUCCACAUUGAUUUAAAAUAUUCAACAGAGGAGAAAGUGUUGGUGUUAUUUACCUGUUAUAGAAAACACUGGGAGUGUACCGGGAUAAAUGACGACCGUCUAACAACUUUCGCCAAGAUUCACGAUGGUUCCCACUACGUAAUGAAAGCCGUAUAAUCCGGACACCGCCCUCCGAAACCGAGGCUUACGAUGGAGACGCUAAAGGAAAUACAGGACCAAUUCCUUAAGUGUCCCGUCUGUUUACAGAAUUAUACAUCUCCGAAACUCCUUCCGUGUCUCCAUACAUUCUGUCGUCAAUGUCUGACAGAAGUACUAAAGAAAUCCAUCGGGGAUGACAACAGCAAUCCCGCAGAAAAUGACUCCGAAAUCGAAAAAAUUGUCCCUCAGGAAAAACAUUUUAACUGCCCUGUAUGCCGGGCUGAUGUAGAACUGAGUGUUCCUACCGGAAAUUCAAAUUGCGGACAAUGGACGGAUAUGUUUCCGGACAACCAUUUCGUGAGUAGUUUGAUGGAAAAGAUUGACAUGCAAUCUACUGAUAAGUACUGCGAGAGCUGUUGCAGAGACGGCAACAGAAUUGGCGCCAAAGCCGAAAAUUGGUGUCAGACAUGUAAAGUUGUUUUCUGUGAUUCUUGUAUAAAAGCGCACAACGUCAUCAAAGCUUGCCGAGAACACAUCGUGGUUUCACUCAUAGACAUGCGCAAUGACCCACUUGAGUCCAUCCGAUCAAAUAAGAAGGAAAUUCCGUGUUUUCAUCACAGAGACAAGGUUAUCGAAUACUACUGUGUUGAUUGUCACGUGACUAUUUGCUCCUCGUGCGUUGCCGUGCAACAUAGACGAUGUGAAAUGGUGGAGACUUUGGUAGACGCAGCUCAAAAGUUAAAACCGGAAACAGAAUAUGUACAAAAAAAUCUCCAGAUGCAGAGCGAGGUUUUACGAGACUGGCGAGAGGAACACGAAAAAGAGCUCGGCGAACUCUCCAACAACAAAGAGGCCAUUAUGAAAGAAAUGACGACGAUUAGGAAGAGGGUCAAUGAGGCAUUGGUAAAUUUGGAAAACAAGCUUAUUGUUGACCUAGACGAAAGGAAUAUGCAGACGGGAACGGUCGUGAAGGGAAGAAUGAACGAGAUAGAUGAAAUGAAGAAAAAUGUAAACAACACAGGCACAUUCCUCAAAAACCUCAUCCAGUUUGGUAGUGAUUCGGAACUCCUCACGGUUUUUGAUGCAAUCAAGCUACAAGUAGAUGACAUGCGUGCGAACAUCCAGAAAUCCCGUUUGAGUAAAUUGAGCACUCGACACAGACUCAUUCCUGACUCGUGUAUACAAAGAUUACUUGAGCUACACUCCAUUGGGAAGAUCGUUGACUUGGUCGAUCUGAAAAAGGAAACGUUUCUCAACAUGAAUGGUUUGUCUGAGAAGGACGGUCAACCUCCUCAGAGAAGAUCAUCAAUCAAACGGACGGGAACAUUCCGUGUCGAACGGUCGCCGACUCAGUCUCCAGCCACCACGAUGAUGAGUUCGUCGGCGUCGUCAGUUUCAUCGACGUCAAGCGAUUCAAUUAGCUCACAGGAACUCUUGUCUCCGCCGAUUCGCGCGCGCAGGGGUUCUUCAUCCAGACCAUCAUCUGCACGUGACAAGCCAACAUCUAGACCGUCGCCUGCUCGGGAAACAACGUCAUCGAGGCCCACUUCUGCGCGUGAUACUCCUACAAAAGCAGCGCUAUCUAGGGCGACCCCUAUUAAGUCCAACACACUCCCACGUGCUCCGCGCACUCCACGGACUGAGCGUUCUCAGAAGAUGGCAGAUGUGAAUAGAGUUAACUCCCUUCCUCGUACCAGAAACAGUUCGACACAUGUCUCUCAUAGAAAGAAUGCUGAGACCGAAAAUGCCGAAAAUGCAAAUAAUCCUCCACAAACGAAAUCUCGUACAGUCCCGAUGCUGUUCUCGUUUAACGGGAAGACAGACGGCGAUGCUAAGAAGUGUUGGCCACUAGACGUUACCAUGCUUGAGGACGGGACUCCGGUCAUAACUGAUUUUCACAACAAGAAAAUCAAAGCAUUUGACGCAACAGGAAAUGUGAUGGGAGAGGUAUCGGUCCCGAGCUGGCCGCAUGGUAUUGUUGACGUGGCUAGCGCAGAAGUGGCUGUAACACUGCCGGAACUUGCCACAAUCAUGUUUGUAUCCGUACAAGACAAGAAUAUGAGGAUCCGGAAACGCGUCAGAACUGUAAAACAGUACCGCGGAAUAAGCUGUGACGUCACAACAUCUCCAAACAACCCUGUCCUGGUUGUUUCUUGCUGUGCGUCCGGUAUUCAAUGCGUCGACGUUCUGGCGUUGGACGGGACUGUUCUACAAACGUACCGCGAAGACAAACGACAACCUGGUAAACUUCUGUUCACUUGGCCCUAUUACGUCACAACUAAUGCGGCGGGCGAGAUUCUCGUCUCAGAUUGCCAGUCUCGGAACGGGAUCAUCUGUAUCCGCCGCGAUGGUGGAGUGAAGUUCGAACAGGUUCUCCCCGACAACAUCGUUUGUGAUCCGCGUGGGAUCUGCACCGACCGCCAGGGGAACUUGUUUUUGGCAGACAAGACUGGUAACUCCGUCCACGCUCUGGGUGCGGACGGGGAAUACAAGAACCGAGUUCUCUGCUCUGCGGAUGGUCUGAUUCAUCCCAUCGCCGUCUGUCUCAGUCCUUUCGGACAUCUCAUCAUAACACAGGAGAACGGUGACGUCAAAGUCUUCAAGUACAGUUGAUCUGGAACAGCGCACAUGGUUAUUGUUCAGUUCAUUGACAGCCUUUCUUGAACUGCAUCUGCCGAUGUUUUCUCUAGCAACGUAACAUGAUCAAUGUGAAUUCGGUCCUUCGAAACCAUUAGCGAAAGCUGCAUUAAUGUAAAGCGUUCGAGUGAUUGAGUAUGUUUUUGCAUUUUUCAAAGAUGAGUUACUUUUAUCGGUGUAUGGGCACAUUUCGCUAGGUAUCAUUCAGUCCGCUGUACGUCACGAAAAUGGACGCUGAUGACGAUGUGUCGAGUAACCUUAAAGAAACACCAAAAACACCAAAAUAUUACAGUUAUGAAACAAAAUGUCCGAAUGUGAUAAGUUGUCGAAAUUCAUACAAAACAAGGUGCUGUAGCUUUGGGGUCUAACGGUCCCUUUGUUGGGUCUAACACAUUGCUUUGAGUAGACAGGUAAUUAAAUAACCUAGUUUCGGCUUUGUGUUUUAAAAUAAAAUCUGAUUGGACUUGUUAUUUGAAUAGAAUGUCAGAUUACUGAGGGUUCGGAUAAGAAAAAAAUCACUAUUUCUUUAAAUCCGUGCCAUAUGUGAAAUAUAUAUAUAUCUUACAAAACCUAUUUGAACCUUGCUAUACAGAACCUUGGUAUUUGUUUUUAAUAAUGGCAUAAAAAUUGACGAGAAAAGUAUAUUUAUUACCUGCAACUAUGCGCCGAGAUAUUCAUCGUUUUACAUAUUCAGAUUACCGUGGUUCUGGUGCAGUUGCUUUUAACAGAAACCAAAUGUGACGUCAUCAGUUUCAAGUGUCCUGAUUCAAAAUGCUGCGAUGUAUAAGUGUAGAGUGAAACCUUUCCAAAUCAGCCCCUGAUUAUGUUGACAUCCUGUCAAUCUGAUCCCUUAGUAUUCUGACAUACUGUCUUAUCUGACCACUUUGUAUUUUGACAUCCUGUGAUUUUGACCCCGGAGUAUUCUGAUAUUCCAACUAAUCUUACCCCCGAGUAUUCUGAUAUUCCAACUAAUAUUACCCCCGGGUAUUCUGAAAUCCUGUCAAUCUGGCCACUUUGUAUUUUGACAUACAGUUAAUUUGAACCCCGAGUAUUCUGACAUACUGUCUUAUCUGACCCCUGAUUUUCCAUAGACAACUAAGUAUUAUGACAUCGUGCCGACCCUCAUCUGAAUGUUGUGAAACCUGUGUUUUCGAUACCCUGUCUAUUCUGACCAGUAUGACAUGUACCUGAUUAGAUACGCUUCACUGAAUCAAUGUAAAUGCAACCCGCUAGAGGGCACUGAAAAGUCAGAUCUGUAUCGACUUAAUGUUUUCUAAGAUCUGAAACUUGUGAUUUGCGCUUAAUUCAUCGUUAUCCAAGCUUAAACAUGUAUUGUCAAAUGAUCCAGUAAUUUGGUUAGUUCUAUAACAGCCCGUCAGAGGUCGCUGUUUUCAUUUUUGAUUUUUUUUUCCCUUCUGACUGGGCGUUAUCUGGCUACAGAAUCUCAAAAUGUUAACUUUCUAUUACAAUUAUGAUCUUAUCGUAGUACGGUAUAUAAUUUUAUGCCAGAACACCAACAUUUUCUGAUUGAUAUAUUACUGCAGCAUUACAAGUGUUUUAGCCUUUUUGCGCGGAGGUUGUUUCAUUUCAUAUCCUAUGCUAACAAUUUCUUCCAGUUCAUUUCUUGUAGCAAUUACUUUAUUUCUGAUAUAUAUUAUACAUGUAUCACGUGCGUGUGUUAAAGUUAGUUUUUACCACACUAAAUACAGUAAUAUACGCUGUGUUUAAUAAACAGCCCAGAACCUCUGUACACCGGAACCUCACCUGAUCAAGUACCUCUAUACACCGGGAACUCGGUCAUUCAAACUUCAUACAUCAUAAUGGCGGGCGAUCGAUAGCUCUAGUUACACAUUUCAGUAAAUGAACUAUUCCAACCUUUGAAUUGAAAGAGUUUAAUUUAAAUGUUUUCGGGUCUCGAUACUUUUGUUUUAUAAUGAAAAUAUGUGGUAAUACAUGGAUAAGGUAUUUCUGGAUAAAUACAAUAAUCUAUUAUACCGGAAUAAAGAUAGUGAUUAUACGUUUAAGUAGGAUGAACGCAGACCACAGUAUCCCAAUGCUAAUUAUACUUCAUGUAUACCAUCUAUAAUAUACACGUUCUUUUUUUUUUUGAAAUAUAUACAUAUUUAUGUAUAUUGAACAUAUUUUUCAAAGUAAACAAUAUAUCGAUCGUGUUUUAACAUGCAUUAGAUAAACACUAAACCUCGUUAUACUGUAACCGUUGGUCCAGACAAAUUUUAACCUGCAUAAGAUAUACAUUAAAACUUCGUUAUACUGUCACCGUUGGUCCAGACAACCCUAACAAUAAAACCUCGUUAUACUGUCACUGUUGGUCCAGACACAUUUUGGCGUUAUAAAGAGGGUUGACGAUAAAAUAAGGGGAAAUUAAAAAAAUAAAAAAACUCUAAAGAAAACGGGGAAAAGGGCGCUUGAAACAUGUUGUCGGUAAACGAGGUGGCAUAUGAAUUGAGGGGCAUUAUAUCGAGUUUUUAGUGUAUGUUGUAUAAGUUCGUUGUGUAUAUUAACGUAUAUCGAUGUAUAGGUUUUCGGGAGUCUCUAUAGCGUAAUAUUAAUACUGUCAAGAUUGUAUGAAAUGGGAUUUUGUAGGUUGUAUGUAUUAUUUAUAGUAUUACAAUGAUAACUGUUUAGUUAUUAACUGCAUAUUAAUUUAGAGUUUUUGUAUUAUGAAUAAAUGAAUUA